UGUCAAAUAGCACGUGGAAUGACAUGAACUGACUUUUGUAGUAAAUUGUACACACAUUUCUCUGUUUCACUGCUACACAGUGCCGACGAUAAACACGAUGGCGAAAAAUGUGAAAAUUAGUGGCGUGAAGCGAUCACAGCAUAUAAAACACAAGAAAAACUUUGCACGACCUGGUAAAAAGAAGGAUAAUGUAAAAAACAACAAAGUCACCGAAAAACAAUUGGCCGCGAGUAAAAAAGUAUUUGGUAAACCGGUUGGACAAAAAUCGAAUAAACGUAAAGAGCAAAAUGAGGGAACGAUUCAAAAUAGAAACGUGCCAAAGAAAGGAAAAAAAGUCGUACAAUCAGAGAAACCAACUGCGAAUGGUCAUUCUGCUGAUAAGGAAAAUGAGAUGGACGAAGAAGAUCUUCAAGAUUUGCUUGACAUGAUUGAGGAUGAAGACGAUGAAAUGUUAAAUCGAUCGAAAAAACGUAAAAGGGAUGCAGCCGAUGGAGUCGUCGACGAUGAAGCUGGCCAAUUUGAACAGGAAUAUGCGCAUCAACGUAAUGCUGAAAAAUCAAAAAAGAUGCGCACAGUCGAUUUAUUGCCAAUUAAAACAAAAAGCGGUGAACUUAUUACGCGAACAACUGAGGUUGAAGUGAAAGACAAACCGAAAAAGGAAGCCGAUGAUGAAGAUGAAAGUGAAGAAGAGGAAGUGGUUGAUUCAGACGAUGAUAUCGUCAAUGAUAUUCAGAGCGAACAGAUUAGCUUGGCGGCAGCAGCAUCAGAUAAGGCAAUUUCAACCGCAGAUUUGCUUAUUUUACGUGAUCAAGAGAUAAAUCGACAAAAAUACCGUAUCGGCAUCAUUUGUUCAGGAAUUUUAGAAAAACCAGAAGAUAAAAUGAAAAAUUUUAAUGCACUGUUCGAAUUGAUGGACGAACGGCACAAUGAUGCACCGAAUUUAUUUAGUGUUCGAAAAAUUGCCACCAUGUCUCUGUUGGAAGUUUUUAAGGAUAUUCUGCCAGAGUAUCGAAUCGGACAAAUCGAUUUAAAAACACAGAAAGUAAAAAAGACAACAAUGGAACGUGUGACGUAUGAAGAUGCUCUGCUUAUGCACUACAAAAAGUAUUUGCAAAAACUGGAAAAACUUACCAGUGGCAUUUCGAAGGGUCAACGAAGAACAUCGCAAGAAUAUCGUAAAAUGGCGGAAAUUGGAACGACAUGCUUGUGUGAAUUGGUGGGAGCACAUCCGUAUUUCAAUUUUGGCCAGAACAUUGCCCAACUGUUGGUGUAUCUGUCGAAUUGUAAUAUUCUUUCGAUUCGUACAAAAGUAAUGAACUGUUUCCAACAAUUGUUUCGUGAAGAUUCGAAGUUUGAAUUGUCACUUUUUGUGGUGCGUCGCUUGAAUCACUUGAUCAAAUCAAAAUCGAAUAUGGUUCAUGUUGAAGUUUUAAAAUGUUUAUUGGCCCUUCAAAUAAAGAGUAUCAACUUGGACGAUGAAAAAGAAAAAGAGCUAAAACAAAAGAAAAUGGAAGCUCAAAAGUCGCGAUUGAUAAAUAUGUCGAAAAAAGAGCGAAAACGAAUGAAGAAACUGAAAGAAGUGGAAAAAGAAUUGCAGGAAGCCAAUGCCGAAGAAAAUAAACAAACGAAACAUUAUAAAUUGACCGAAAUUACAAAAAUGGUAUUUACGAUAUAUUUUCGUAUUUUGAAGAAUGAUCCAAGCUCACAAUUGUUGAGCGCAUGUCUAGAGGGUUUGGCAGAAUUUGCACACACCAUCAAUUUGGAUUUCUUCUCCGAUUUGGUUGAAGUAUUGAAUCACAUAAUGGAAAAUGCCGAACCCGAACUCGGCUAUCGUGAACAACUGCACUGUAUUCAGACGGUGUUCACAAUUCUUUCGGGACAGGGAGAAGUAUUGAAUAUCGAUCCGCUUCGAUUCUAUGGUCAUCUUUAUCGUAAUUUGCUGGUAUGCAGUGCUGGUAAAAAUCAUGAUGAUUUUCAAAUUAUAUUGAAAACACUUAACGAAGUUUUGGUAAAACGUCGCAAGAAUAUUUCGCAAUCACGAAUGAUGGCUUUUAUCAAACGUAUCGUAACGCUUUCUCUUCAAUUGUUGAGCAAUGGAACGGUUUCGUGUUUGGGCAUUGUGAAAAGUGUUAUGCAAGCGACAUCGUCAUUCGAAAUUCUUUUGGACACAGACACAAGCACUGGAUCGGGCAAAUAUGAUGCCGAAUUGAUGGAUCCCGAGUAUUGUAAUGCAAAUUGUACGGCAUUAUAUGAAUUGGCAGCGUUGGUACGACAUUAUCAUCCAAUUGUGAGAAAGGUAGCAAAUCACGUAGCUCGUGGUGUGCCGGCCUCUGGUGACGGAUCGUUAGCGCCAGAAAUUGGAAAAUUAACACCCAUGGAAUGGUUCUACAAAUUCGAUUGUUCAGCUAUGGCAUUUGAUCCACCAAUACCACCACCAAAACCGUUUGAUCUGAAUAAGCCAUUCAAAGGCCGAUUCUACUAUACAAAUGAAGAUGUUGAAAAGGCUGUAAAUAACUCGUUAGCUGCACCAAUCCAAUCACAAGGACAGUUGCUCGAUUUCUAUCAAGAAAUACGAUUGAAUGCCACCAAUGCACACAACGAAGACAAAUAGAUCAUUUUGGAUAGUUCCAUAUAUAUUUCUUUAUUCAAUAAACAUUUGUUGAUGAGAAAAAAAAAUCAAUAUAUUUUUUUCAAGUGAAAAUAUAAAAAAU